AUGAGGGAUUUCUACAAGAGUCUGUGUUUUUUACUGGGCUUUUUCUUAGUUCAAACGAAGGCAGAAAAAGAAGUGAAUGUAGCAACAUGGGGAACAGCCAAUCAGUCAACAUUAUAUUAUGACUGGUAUGCCGAAAAAGCUCUGGAUGGGUGGAUCUCCACCUGUAGCAGUACUAUGUGGGAAAGUGACCCAUGGUGGAGACUGGAUCUGAUGAAGACGUACAGCGUGAACAGAGUAACCAUCACUGACGUACCCGACUGCUGUGUAAACGGAGCAGAGAUUCGGGUUGGAAAUGUUUCUUCAAAUGUUUCCAGCAAUCCAGUAUGUGCUGUAGUUUCUACUAUUCCAGCAGGAGCUACUUACAGCUACUCGUGUCAUGGAAUGGAGGGACGUUAUGUUACUGUGAAUAUUCCUGGACCUUCACAACAGUAUCUCACUGUCUGUGAAUUGGGAGUCUAUGUGAUUUUUCCAGGUAAUUUGGCAACAGAAAGAAACGUCACACAGUCAUCAACCAAUGGCAGCUGGAUCUCUGAACAGGCCAUUGAUUUCAAUCCAGGAUUCACACAACCGUCAUCAGCAUGUUCCUCAACCAAUGUUCAGACUAACCCAUGGUGGAGGGUGGAUCUGAGUUAUAUUUAUAGAGUUAGUAUAGUCGUAAUCACAAACAGACUAGACUGCUGUCCUGAACGAAUAAACGGAGCGGAGAUUCGCAUCGGAAACUCUCUGGAGAACAACGGCAACAACAAUCCCAUAUGCGCUGUGAUUUCUAGCAUUCCAGCUGGUGUUUCCUCCACCUACAUAUGUAACGAUAUGGAGGGUCGAUACGUGAAUCUGAUCAUUCCUGGAGAUUCAAGGAUUCUUACUCUGUGUGAGGUGGAGGUCUAUGGAGAAGGUCCUUUACUGAAGAGAACUUUCCUGAAGAUGAAACUGAAGUCCAGUUGGAGUCUGUCUGAUCCUGCGGUGAGAGUCCAGCUCCUGUCACAGCUCCAGUCUGUUUUGGAGGAACGAGGGUUUUCUGACGUGACGCUGCAAUGGACUCAACCGCCAGAACAGGAAGUGAUGCGGAAGGAAGCUGCCCCAGCUCAAUGUGCUGUUAGAAAGAGACGAUGAUGAUCAUGGUGAUGAUGAUGAAGAUGAUGAUGAUGAUAAUGGGGAAACCUAAACUAACAACUCUCUUCGGAUCAGCUUUGAUUUUUCUUCAUUUAUAAGCUAGAAUAUUCUCCAGUCCUCAAUGUUGAUCACACUAAAGGUGUACAUGAAAACUGAAACAAAAUGAUUUCUGCAAAGCUGUGUUGAGCAACAACAAUAGUUGCUUUGACUUUUUUAAGUUGCUUUCGAUUAUAAAAUAUUUAGUUUCCAGCAGCGGUGUAGAAUUCUACAAUAUUGAAUAUGCAUAGUCAUAGUUUACUGUUGUCAGUGUAGUUUGGUUGGGUCUAGGUGGGGUCCUGUCCUGUCAAGUCUCAGUUAGCUUAAAGCAGUACAUGUACAAGUUUAUAUUUAUUAAUUUUUUUU